GAAUCCUGUCAAUAUGAGCUGGGCCAUGGAAGAAUGGAAAGAAGGCCUCUCCCCCAGAGUCCUUCAGAAGAUUCAUGAGCUGGAAAGUCAGGUAGACAAGCUUAAAAAGGAGCGUCAGCAAAGACAAUUCCAGUUAGAGUCUUUGGAGGCAGCUUUGCAAAAUCAGAAACAGAAGAUUGAAAAUGAAAAAAAUGAAGCUGCAACUCUAAAAAGAGAGAACCAGAGCUUGAUGGAGUUGUGUGAUAGUCUUGAGAAAGCAAAGCAGAAAAUUUCACAUGAUCUUCAAGUAAAAGAAUCUCAAGUCAACAUUCAGUCAGGGCAACUGAAUUCCAGCAGGAAAGACAUCGAAAGACUAGAACAAGAACUGAAAAGAUACAAAUGUGAGCUUGAGAGAAGUCAGCAAACAUCGAUUGCAGGAGACUUAUCAUUCAGUGGCACUCCACAGGGAAGUUUUACUGCUCCUUUAACACCAGUUAAAAGUCAUAAUGAUGCUAAGCUUGAAGAAUUAGAAGACAAAUACAAGAAAGAAGUACAAGAAAGAAAAAAACUUGAAUUAGAACUGAGAACCAUUCAGGUUAAGAAAAUAAAUCAGCCUCAACCUCAAAGCUCUCUGAGUCACAGGGAGAUUGCUCGGCAGCAGGCUUCCUCAUCUGUGUUUUCAUGGCAACAAGAAAAGACACCAUCAUCUAGAAAUCAAGAAACACCUGCAAGGGGAAGUUCUACAACAUUCUGUUUUCCAUGGGAAAAAGAGACAAGUUCUAGGGUAAUAUCAGAAAACGAGUUCAACAACAGUUUUGCUGAGAAUUGUAGUUCUUCACUCGUGAUCCAACUAAGAGCACAGAACCAAGAGUUAAAUUCCACUGUUAAAGACCUAGAACAACAACUGCAAGCUCAAGAAAAAGUGAAGAAAUCCCAUAUGAAUAAACAUCAAGAGACUGAACUGCAGCUGGACAGAAUGAAGUUGGAAUUAACAGAGAAGGAUAAAGUUCUGAACAAAACCAGGGACAAACUAACUCAAAUGAGAACACAACUUGAUCAAGCUACCACACAGGUCCAAAUGAUGGAGCAAAAGGUGAAAAGAUUGUCAGAAGAACUGAAUUGCCAAAGACAAAAUGCUGAGAGUGCUCGUCAGUCCUUAGAACAGAAAAUAAAGUCAAAGGAAAAGGAAUACCAACAGGAACUCUCCUGUCAGCAACGUUCAUUGCAAACACUGGAUCAGCAGUGCAACCAGAUAAGGAACAAACUGAAUCAGGAGCUACAGCAAGCCAAAAAUGACUUCAACACUCUGCAGGCAGAAUUUGACAAAGUAAUGGCAUUGAAACAACGCUUGGAACAUGAUACCAGUGAACUCACCCAGAAGCUGUGCAGAGCAGAGCAAGCUUUAUUAGAAGCUCAGGCUAAGGAAAGUGAUUUGACAAGAAGCUUUGAGGAAGUGAAGCAGGCGAAAAACCUUCUUGACUGUCAGCUUGAAAAAAAAUUGCAAGAGAACCACCAACUUGAGGAAGAACUGAAUACAAUCAAGCAGUCUCUAAAGCAGAGCCAGAAUUUUGCGGAAAAGAUGAAAAAUAAGAAUACUUUUCAGGAAGCAGAGCUGAAGUUACUAGAAGAGAAACUUAAAAAGCAAGAGAGCUCUCUUCUGCUGGAGAAGCUGAAAACAACUUUGGCUGACAUGGAAAAGCAACAAAGUUCUACCCAAGACCUACUCAAUGAAAAAGAAAAUCAUAUUAAAGAACAAAAUUGUAAAAUAAGUAAAAUGGAGGAAGAAUCAGAAGCUUUGCAGAGGCUCCUUGGAUUCAAGCAGAGAGAAUGUGAAGAAUUGCAAAAAGAGGCUACUGCUUUUUCUCAAUGGAAAAAUGAAAAUGAUCAUCUUAUAAAUAAACUUAAGUCUGAAAAGGAAGCUAUGCUAACUCAUAUUAAUGACUUGGAGAGUUCCCUUCAAAGUCAGCAAAUCAAAAAUCAUGAGCAUAGUAAGAAACUCAGAAUGAUGGAAACUGAAAAUGACAGGAAAGAUACAGAGAUUAGAGAACUUAAAGAUAUGCUGGAACGUAAAAGCGCAGGAUUAGAGGAACAAAAAAAAGCUUUUGAUGAACUUCAGCAGAAAACAGAAUAUUCUUAUAAAAAGCACUGUAAAGAAAUAGAAAAUAUGUCCUGUAAAAUAUUCCAGCUUACCAACCAAGUUGGUGAACUAGAAGAAAAGUUACAAUUAGCAGCAAGUGAAGGACUGCAACGGGAGCAAUGUUAUCAUGACCUGCUUUGUGAAUAUGAAAAAAUCCGUUGCCUUAUAGAAGCAAAAGGUACUUCAGAAAUGACAGAAGAUGGAGAAGUUGAUUUACAGAUUGGUCAGGACAAAACCGUUUUAGAUAAUACGCAACUUGCAGGAAAUAGCUCCAUUGCUGAGGAUCACGGAUGUCCAAGAGCUCUUCUAGAAGCAGGAAAAACUAAGGAUGUGGCCAUUUUACAAGAUCAGAUCUCUUCUCUUGAGAUUUCCUUAGUGGCUCAAAAGCAGCUCAAUGCAAAUCAGCAGCAGCAGUAUGAAGACUUACUGCAAAUAAAGAGUGAAACAGAAGAAAGGUUAUUUAAUGUAGAAGAGAUGCAUGAAAGCUUCGUGACAGAAACUAAACAGAACAUUAGUAACUUGCAAGCAGAUAUUUCGGCACAAGAAAAAUUAGUUGAAAAAACUUUAGCUAUUCUUGCGGAAAAGGACAUGCAACUGCAAACUCUGAAUGAAAAAUUAGAAAACCGACAAGCUGAGCUUCAGGAUUUAAAGAUCAAUAACAAAUUGCUUGAGGAUUCAGUAACACAGCUGAAGCUUAUGUCUGGAACAUGGGAUUCAGAGAAGAAGGACAUCUCUUCAAUGGUUUGCUCAUAUAGCAAAAAAAUUGAGGAACUCACUGAAGAAAAUGCAACCCUUAGGGACUUAAGCAGAGCUUUAGAGCAAGAACAAGUAACUUUACUGGAAGCAAAUAAAAAUAUUUCUGAUAGUUUAAAGGAAAGAGAAGAAAUAAUUUCUGAAAUGUCUGGAAAACACAAGGAGGAAAGACAACGUCUUGAAUCAAGAACUGAAGAAAUCAAAACAGAGCUCAAAGUUUUGCAAGCAAAGUAUAAAUUGAUGGAAGAAGAAAAUGCAAACAUGAUGAGCAUUCUGAGAGAGCAGACAAUUGAAUUUGAGGAAAAGAAAGCAAAAUUAGAACAAGAGAAACAGGUAUUUAGUGAGAAGAAAGAUAUCUUACGCAAACUAAUAGCCUCAGAAGAAAUAAAAAAGAAUUUGGUUCAAGAACUUCAGCAACUACAGUCAGAAUUUUCCAAUAUCCAACAUAUGCCUUCUACGGAGCUUGACUGUUUAAGACAGGACACGUUAAAUGUCAGGGCAACACAAAAUACAAUGCAAGAGAAACUUAGUAUCGUAUUUCAAGACAAGGAGCAACUGGGGAAGGAACUAGAAACAAAAAGUGAACCUCUAAUGUGUGACAUUAGUUGUGAACCGAGAUUCCAUUCAGAACAGCUGAGGAAGUCCAUGGAAGAAAAAGAUGCUGAGCUGAGUAAAUACCAAGUUAAACUUGAGCUUCUUCAAAUGGAUUUUGAGGACAGAGAGCUCUCCCUAGAGAACUACAGGUUAGAAGUGAUGCAACUGGAGACUGCUUUAAAAGGCAUGGAACUAGAACUUGAGAAAAGUGUGAGAGAAAAAGAGAGACUGCAGCAAGAACUACUGUCCGUUAAAGAAUUGAAAACUUCAGAUUCUCCACUUACAGUACUAGAUGAAGAUGGCCACUCAUUACAGUAUAAUUAUGAUAGUGAUUCUCAGAAUUGUGGCAAAAAAGGAAUGGAUGAAAGUUAUUCAUCGAUCUUGCUGGCGUCCUCUUUGCAAGUAACAAUAAACAAUCUGAGCAAGCUUGAGAAAAUAUGUGAGAGGUUGCAGAGUGAGAACAUCAUGCUAGCCUCUGGAUUUAAAGACUCAAAAACCAAUGACAUCACAGGUAUUAAUAAAGUGGCAGAGGAGGAAGAGAACGUAAUGAAUGCAGAUAAAAAUUUAGAAGUCGAGAAAGCUAUUUUUCCUGAUGAACUUAUGGAUCAAAGUGACAACAGCGAUCUGAGAAUGUAUUUUGAUAACAAGGAAACAUCCUUCGAACUCAAAGAAUGCAGUACUGGACCCAGUUCUGAUUACGAAGAUUUAAAAUUGUCCAGCAAAGAAGUUAAAAUACACUUUGCUGAAGUAAGAGAGAAGCUCUUGUCUUUCAAGAACGAGCAUAUAAAAUUAUAUGAACAGCACUGCAGUAUGAGCUCAAAGAUAUCUGAGCUACAGUCUUGUAUUGAAAUACUGAGGGCAGAAAAUUCUACGUUGUCAACAAGCCUGAGCAAUGCUCAUAUAGAUUAUCCAAGAGUGCCACUGUCUUCUAGCCAAAAUGACACGCUGUCUAAAUUAGAUGAAACUAAGUCCACAGUUUCUUCCUCAGAUCUUUUUGAAAGUCCCUGUUCUACAAAAGUAAGUGAGGUGGUUGAUUCUUUUAACAGUGGUACGUGCAAAUGGACAGAGGAAAUGAAGCAGCUGGACAGUUCUGCAGAAAUAAUUCCAGAAGGUGCAACAAAACUUUUAGCUGAAAAUUGUCAUAAUGAUCACAAAUUGGACUCUAUUAGAGAGCCCAGGAGUAUUACUCCUAGAAAAUCUAACCUUGACAGUAGAAUUGAAGAACUUCAGAUGCUGUGUCAGACAUAUGAGAAGGCCAUCAAGGUGCUUGAAGAGCAAUUUCACAUUCAAGAGAAUAUGAAAAAUGAAGAAAUAAAAGAGCUGAAAGAAGUUAUACUUUCUGAAAGAAAAGAAAUAGAUCAUCUUAAACAGCAAAAUCUGUCUGACAAGGAAGAAUGGCAGCAGAAACUGAAUAACGUGACUAUGGAGAUGGAGUGCAAACUGGCAGCAGAAAGAAAACACACUGAGAAUCUGUCUUUGGAGCUGGAAGCAGCAAGACUCCAACUGCAAGUCCUUGACUUAAGUUCUCAUUCACUGCUGUGCACGGAUAUUGAAAAUAACACUGAACAAGAAAACAAUAGUCCUUAUCUAUUGGGAGUGCCUAUUGAAAACUCAGCGCUGAAAAGCAAUAAACCUAAAAUAAUCCCCAUUGAGAAAAUGACUGUAGGAGAUACCUCUGCGUGCGAAAACGUAACUGAGACCGAUGAAGCAAGAUUAAUAGAAGAUUAUAGUGAGAAGAUUUCUGGAGAACAUGAGUGUAGAAAUAAGUCAGGAAAAAGAACUAGCCCUUCAGACCAUGCCAGUGCAUUGUUUUCCAACAGUAGUACACUUUUGAAUGCAAGGGAUUUCCAUGAAAAUCAAAUAACCACUGAAACAAUUCAGGAGAAGGCAAAACAACAAACUGCUGAAAAUUUGAAGCUGAUCUAUGAAACAGAAGAAAGCCAUAAACAUGUUGAUUUACUAACAGAAGUAGAGCAAUUAAACUCAGAGCUGAGCUUUCAGAAUGCACAAUUAACUCCAAAGAGCUCAGCUUUUGCAGAACUGGAGGAAGGUACUGUAGUUGUUAAGGAAGAAAACUGUGACAUAAAGGAAAAACUGGAAUCAGUCUUUGUCAAUAAGCAGCAAUUAUCUCUUGGAGUAGUGUCGUUAGAAAAAGAACCUGAGAAAGUAAAGUCUGAGCUGGAGACAUAUAAAGUUCGAUUAUCUAAUGCAGCAGACACAUUGAAAGAUGUAGAAAUGACCCAGAGAGAUUAUCACGAACAAUUUCUUGAAACUGCAAUUGAACAGAGGCGGCAAAUAUCUGAGCGAGUUAAUAGUGAGAACUGUGCCUCGUUCACAGAGAAUGAUAUUGAAAUGCUUCAGGGAAAAUGUCAGCAAUUAGAAAGAGAGAGGGAAGUUAACCUGCAAACUAUCACAAGCUUUCAAGAGCACCUUGUUUCAGUCACAGCUGAGAGAAACCAUAUUGUCCAAGAAUUGAGUGUUUUGUCUGAAAAUAAAAAAGAACUGGAUCAGAAGUAUCAGAAGCUACAAGAGAAAAUAAAAGAGCUAGAGUUGAGUAAGAUGCAUUCUACUGAAAUUAUUAGAAGGUUAGAGGGUGAAGUGAGGACACAAACAAAUCUGCUCGAUGCUGCAAAAUCUGAUGUAAAUCAAUUAUCAAAUGAAAAAGAUCACCUUCUGCAGAAGUUGCAAAGUUUUGAAAAGGAUGUUGUGUCUUUCACCUUGGAAAAAGAAAAACUCCAAAACAAAGCAGCAGAUUUGAACAAGGAGAAAGAGCUGCUUGUAAGAGAGUUGGAAAUGAUGCAGAGUAAAUUAAGUUCAUCAGAAAUGGAAAAUUCAAAGCUUUCUAGAUCUUUGGAUGGCUUGUUAAUGGAAAAAGGGGAACUUGCUGCUAGACUCAGCUCAGCACAGAAAGAAGUAGACCAAAUGCGAUAUGGAAUUGAGAAGCUGAAAGUAAAAAUCGAAUCUGAUGAGAAGAAAAAACACCACGUUGCUGAAAAGCUGAAAGAGAGUGAACGGAAAGCUGACUCUCUUCUGGAUAAAAUAGAGAGGCUUGAAAGAGAACUGGAGAUGUCAGAGAAAAAUCUGGAAGAUGCAAUUGUUCAGUCAGAGACUGCUAAAGCAGAGGCAGAAACAUUAACAACGGAGAAGGAAGAGAUGGCUGAAAAGCUGAAAUGUUUUAACUUACAAAUUGAUGUCCUCACCUCACAAAAAGAGUGUUUGGCUAAAGAUUUAAAAGAAAAGCAAGAAAGAAUCCUUGAACUAGAGUCUUCGAAUUUGACUACAGCAAAACCAUUAGAAAAAAAGGAGGAAGAAAAGAUGCAAAUCAAGGAUGAGUUUGAAAAUGCUGUGGUAUUGCUGAAAUCUGAGCUCAAAGACAUAAGCAAGAAAUUAGAGUUUUCUCGAAAGGAGGAAGCAGAUGCUAGAGCAAAGGAGCAAGUCUUGAUUAAUCAGGUGGCUCGUCUUGAGCAAGAUAAAACUAUACUAUUACAGGAAUGUCAGGAAAUAAAAAAAGAAAAUUUCAAAUUUGAGCAAACAAGGGAAGUACUUGUUCAAGAAUUGAUGGAUUUUAAACAAAAACUUGAUGAAAAGGUGCAGGAAAAUGAUGCUCUUCGAAAGCAGGUGAAAGAAACAGAGGAGCUGUCUUUCCAGCUGACACAUAUGCAACAUGAGCAUGAAUGUUGGCACCAGGAAAAGAAAAGGCUGCAGAAUUUGAUUGCUGAGUUGAAGCUGAAGGAGCAACAUUUUUCUGAUAAUGAAACCUUUCCAGAUAUCCUGAAUGUUCUAAGAGUGUCUUAUAAGGACCUUGAGAAGGAACUGGAAUCUACACUUUGUGAAAAGAAUACUUUAUGUAAAAAGGUAAAUGAACUGACUGAAAGUCAUACUGCGCUGCAAAUCAAGCUAAGUGAUACUGAGCGGAAGGUUUCCAAAUUACAGGAAGAAUUUACUGCAGAAAGAAACAAGCUUGCUGAAGACAUGCAACUUAUUCAAGAACAUUCAGAAAAGAACGAAAUUCAGCUGCAUCUAACUAUGACAGAAAAAAAUGAACUGACUAAGAGUUUGGAGAUGGUCUGGAAAGAACUACAAGAAAAAGAAAGUGAAAUGAAAAGAGAAAUAUCAGAAUACAAAGACAGACUACUUCAAGCAGAGAAAGAGCAUCAGGAUGCUCUGACAGAAGCAAAACAAAAG